AGAAACAUGGGUUUAAACAAAUUACUAACGUUUUUAUGUCUAUUAUUCUUCCUAUUUGUCUUAGUUUCUCCAUCUCCCAUCUUAUUGCAGGGAUUUAAUUGGGAUUCAAGCUCUAAACAAGGAGGAUGGUACAAUUAUCUAAUCAAUACCGUGCCGGAAUUAUCCACCGCCGGCAUCACUCACGUUUGGCUCCCACCUCCUUCUCAAUCCGUCGCACCUCAAGGAUAUAUGCCAGGAAGACUCUACGAUUUAGACGUUUCCAAAUAUGGAAACAAAUCCCAACUCAAAUCUCUAAUCGCAGCUCUCCAUCACAAAGGAAUUAAGUCAAUUGCAGACAUAGUUAUCAACCAUAGAACUGCUGAAAAACAGGAUUCCCGUGGAAUAUGGUGCAUAUUCGAAGGAGGAACACCCGACAACCGUCUCGACUGGGGACCGCAUUACAUCUGUCGGGACGAUACUAAGUACUCAGACGGGACUGGGAAUCUUGACACUGGUGGAGACUUUGAGCCAGCACCUGAUAUUGAUCAUUUAAAUCUGAGAGUUCAGACAGAGUUAUCAGAUUGGAUGAAUUGGCUCAAGACUGAUGUUGGGUUUGAUGGAUGGAGAUUUGAUUAUGUUAGGGGAUAUUCAGCUGAAAUAACGGGGGUUUAUAUGAAGAAUACUUUGCCGGAUUUCGCGGUUGGGGAGUAUUGGGAUGGGCUUUUGUAUAAGGAUGGGAAGUUGGAGUUUAAUCAGGAUGAUCAUAGGAAUAGGUUGAAUCAAUGGGUGAAAUCUGCUGGUGGGAUUGUUAAUGCUUUUGAUUUUACCACUAAAGGUGUUCUUCAGGCUGCGGUUUUGGGAGAGUUAUGGAGGAUGAAGGAUUCGAAUGGUAAUCCUCCUGGUUUGAUCGGGGUUUCGCCUGGAAAUGCUGUGAGUUUUGUAGAUAAUCAUGAUACGGGUGGGACACAGAAUCAAUGGCCGUUUCCAUCUAAUAAGGUUAUGAUUGGAUAUGUUUAUAUCCUAACUCAUCCUGGAAUCCCAUCUGUGUUCUACGACCAUUUCUUCGAUUGGGGACUGAAGGAGGCGAUUACAAAGCUGAUUGCUAUUAGGAACAGGAAUGGGAUCAACCCGAAUAGCAAAGUUCGCAUUUUGGCUGCGGAAUCAGAUCUAUAUAUGGCUAAUAUCGAUGAUGGUAAGAUCAUCAUGAAGAUCGGAUCUAAACUUGAUCUGGGGAAUCUACUUCCUCCAAAUUAUCAUGUUUCGAUAUCUGGUACCGACUAUUGUGUAUGGGAAAGGAGUUCUUAGAAGAGUUCUUUAACAUAUCCUAUGUGUGUAUUCUAUAAAAGAACUGCAUCAGGCAAUAAUAUGUAGCAAAUAAAAUCUCAAAUCUGUUUUAUUAUUCUCUCUGU